AUGUUCUGGUUCUUGCUCGUUCUAGUCAUCACUAUUCUAGGACUCUUGGGUCAUAACUUCCCCUGUGUUGGGUCUAGCCCACACCGUAUUCUAGUGGACACAGAUGUCGACACAGACGAUAUCAUCGCUCUCUUGUACCUCUUGAAGCUCAACAAAUCAGAAUUCGAUCUAGUCGGGAUUACAUUGAGUGCAAAUGCUUGGACAAACGCUGGACAUGGAGUGAAUCAAGUGUACGAUUUAUUGCACAUGAUGGGUCGUGAUGAUAUUGCCGUUGGUGUUGGAGGUGAAGGUGUGAUUCUUGACGAUGGAACUAUUCUUCCCGACGUUGGUGGUUAUCUUCCCAUCAUCGAUCAGGUUCUUCUUCUUUCCCUCAGUUUUUAA